AGCACCGAACGUCGUACUCCCAAUUCUACCCAACCGCGCGCCGUCACACGAAGCACUCUCGACCAAUUUGCCGUCUUAUCUCUGGAAACAAAGAGAGAGAAGGAAGCAUGACGUCGCUCAACAACAACAAUAUCCGCGAAGACGUCAUCUUCAAGGGAAAGGUGAAGGAUGCUCUCCUGCGCAACAACGGCAGCGGCGGACUGGUCAACGUCUUGCUGGAUUUCAAUGCGCGUGAUGCGGCCGCCGUCGCGGCACAAAACAGCGUUCCCUCCCUCAGCGCACCGCCGUCCACCUCCUCCUCCUCUUCCACGUCGGUGUCCGCGACCGCGUCGUCGAAGGCGGGUCUCACCUACGCGGAGUUCCUCGCGUUUAUGUCCGAUCACGAGGUGGAGUUGACGCCGUUUGAGCAGCAGUAUUUGUGCCGCGCCUUCGAUGACAGCGGGGCGGGUGUGAUCAGCGCCGCCACCUUCACGCGGCACCUGACCGGGCUGAACGAGCGGCGUAUUUGUGCGGUCAGAAAGGCGUGGGCCGCCCUGGAGGGGAAAAGUGAAGAGACGAGCAACGCGGCGGUGACCCGGGAGGUGCUCUUCCGCAGCUGCCAUGCCCCUUCGCAGCAGCGCAGCGCACUGACACGGACAUUCUCCGACACAACGCGGGAGCAGCUAAAGGAAAGCUUCCUCGCUACGACCACCGGCCGGGCGGAUGCGACGGAUGGAUCUGCCGCCCACAAUGACAAUGGCAACCCCAGCAACGAUAACGAUGAUGCGGUGGACUACGCAGAGUUCUUGGCGUUCUACGCCGGCGUCAGCGCGCAGUUCGGUACCGAUGAGGACUUCGAGAUGCACGUCCUCAAGUCCUGGGCCGCCGACGACACGACGCGGCCGAAGUUGGGCGAGACGGCACGGGAGUGGGGCCCCGCGGGCGAUCCGCUGGCGCUGGAUGGCCCCCGCUACGUGCGGGAUGCGCUGAACCGGCAGUUGGGUUUGUCGUCGAAGUCGUAUAACUUCUCCCAUAUGAAGCGCGAGCAUCCCUACGUGGAGCCGCUGCCGCCGCUGAACCGACCGGAUAUCAUGACGACCACGAUGCAGAAGACGUAUGUGCGCUUCGACGCAGCGGGCUGCACGCUGGCGGACCCGCUGUCGACCCGCCGCGGGCAGGUGAUGUAG